AGGUAUGUCUUCUUCCUGGACCCCUGCAACAUUGACAUCCUGAACAGGAAGAUCAAGUCCAUGGCCCUCUGUGUGUCCAGGUGUCCAGACAUAGAGCUCAAGACGUACACUGACGUCAAAAAGUUUGCGCUGCAAAAUGGGUCGGAGCUCUGCUCGUACGACAUCCCAGUCUCCAAGUAUCCAAGCCACGGAGAGAGAUCCAAAAAGUGCCCCAAACUCCCCGUGCCACCAAGUAAUUCUCUCCCGGUGUUCCACCGCUGCACUCCUGUGGACAUCUCCUGCUAUGCCCAGUUCGCUGAGGCCUUCGUCACCUUCGUCAGUGACAACAGCAUGCUGCACAGGGUCAUCGCCGGGGUGAUGGCCAGCAAGGAGAUCAUCAUGGGCCUAUGCGUGCUGGCUCUAGUCCUCUCCAUAAUCCUGAUGGUGGUGAUUCGCUACAUCUCUGUCGUGCUGGUCUGGAUACUCACCGCCCUCGUGGUUCUGGGCUCUAUAGGUGGGACCGGGGUUCUGUGGUGGCUCUACGUGGACCACAGGACAAAUCUGACCGACCAGACUGGUACCUCCCCAACACCCCAACAGCAGGUGGCCACAGACAACGUCCAAGCUCUGCUGGUCUACGCCAUCUUUGCCACUGUCUUCACGGUGAUCCUGCUGCUGUUGCUGUUCUUCAUGAGGAAGCGCGUGGCACUGACCAUCACCCUGUUCCACGUGGCGGGCAAGGUGUUCACUCACCUGCCUCUGCUGGCCCUGCAGCCCUUCUGGACCUUCCUCAGCCUCAUGCUCUUCUGGGUGUCCUGGCUCGGAGUGCUCCUUUUCCUCGGAACCGCAGGUAGCCCAGUGCAGAGUGAAGAGGCAGGGCUGGUGGAGUAUCGUAUUUCAGGCCCACUCCAGUACAUGGUGUGGUACCACGCUGUGGGCCUCAUCUGGAUCAGUCAGUUCAUCCUGGCCUGCCAGCAGAUGACCGUGGCCGGAGCUGUGGUCACCUACUACUUCACAAGGAAUAAAUCUGAACUGCCCAUGACCCCCAUYGUGUCAUCUAUGCUGUGUCUGACCCGCUACCACCUGGGCACCGUGGCCAAAGGCUCCUUCAUCAUCACCCUGGUGGAGAUCCCUCGCCUCAUCCUCACCUACAUCCACAACCAGCUCAAAGGAAAAGAAAAUGCCUGUGCUCGCUGCAUGUUGAAAUCCUGCAUCUGCUGCUUGUGGUGCCUGAAGAARUGUCUAAUGUACCUGAAUCAAAACGCGUACACGGCGACAGCGAUCAACAGCACCAGUUUCUGUACGUCGGCGCGUGACGCCUUCGUCAUCCURGUAGAGAAUGCCCUCAGAGUGGCCACCAUCAACACCGUGGGGGACUUUGUCCUCUUCCUGGGAAAGGUACUGAUCGUCUCCUGCACUGCGUUCGUCGGCGUAUUGUCGCUCAACUACCAGCGGGACUACACGGUGUGGGUGCUGCCCCUGCUCAUCGUCUGCCUGUUCUCCUGGCUGGUAGCCCACUGCUUCCUGUCUGUCUUUGAGAUCGUGGUGGACGUGCUCUUCCUCUGCUUCGCCGUGGACACCAAGCACAACGACGGCAGCCCCGGCCGAGAGUUCUACAUGGACAAGGCCCUCAUGGAGGGACUUUUGCUUGACCAAACCAGAAGACGGAAACCAAAAGGCAUUCCUAACGUUUCCAUGAUAUCACUCCAGUCCCACGACUACAAUAUUUCUGAUAACCUGUUUGUUAAUUUAUGGCACAUUWUACAUGAAAGCUUUGGUUGUUGUUUUUUUUAAGCGCAAUAUCUUUUUGUAACACAUCCAUCAAGAAUAUUGUUCAUGUAGUUUUUGUGCU